UUCCUUGUCUUUCCUUGACAUUGCCUUUCUGCCUUCCCUGUUCAAAGUCCUGGGAUGAUUUUUGAUAAGAAUGGAUCCCGUGUACGAAACGGCCGAGGUCACCUAUGAGAACCAGUCUUCAGGUGUGUACGACAUGACCUACGAGGCGCCGUACGACGAGCCCGACCUGAUAGCAGAGUACGAGAACAUCGGACGGGCCAUACCAGAUCCCCCUUCUCUCCCCCCACCUCGGCUUCCAUCAGACGAGAGGAGAGGCAGUGCUUCCUCAUCCUCCUCCUCCUCAUCCUCCUCCUCUUCCUCCUCUUCCUCACAUGCUGAAGAGGAAAAGAAAGAAGAGAAGGAGUCGGAUAAAGAGUCUGAGAAGGAGUCGGAAAAGGAGUCAGAGUCUGAGUCUGAGUCGGAGAAGGAAGAGGAGAAGAUAGAGGAGCAGAGCAGCAAAGAUUUAACUUGGGAGAGGAGGUCUCCAGAGGCUGAGGGGGGCAACUCCUCACGCAGAUCCUCAUCCUCAUCAUCUUCAUCAUCAUCUUCAUCCGAAUCAGAGAAAGAGAAACCAGAGAAGAAGCCUGAGCCUGAUAAGGACGGCCCUAAAAUCCAACUUUUUACUAAGGCUGGGAGUGAUGGCGAGAGCAUCGGAAACUGUCCCUUCUCUCAGCGCCUGUUUAUGAUCCUCUGGCUCAAAGGUGUCGUCUUCAAUGUCACCACAGUCGACCUCAAGAGGAAACCGGCUGACCUCCAUGACCUGGCCCCGGGGACACACCCGCCCUUCCUCACCUUCCAGGGGGAGGUCCUCACCGACGUCAACAAGGUGGAGGAGUACCUGGAGGAGAUGCUGGCUCCACCAAAGUAUCCCAAACUGGCAGCAAAGAAUCGGGAAGCAAACACAGCAGGAAACGACAUAUUUGCCAAGUUCUCCGCUUACGUGAAAAACACAAGACCAGAUAAACAUCGAGCUUUAGAGAAGAGUCUGGACAAGUCUCUGGCCAAGCUGGACGAGUUCCUCAUGAGUCCACUACCUGACGAGGACCACGCGGGUCGAGAGUCCAAGCGUAAAUACCUGGACGGAAACGAGCUGACGCUGGCUGACUGCAACCUGCUGCCCAAACUCCACGUGGUCAAGGUGGUUGCAAAGAAAUACCGAAACUACGACAUCCCGUCUGAGUUCAAAGGGCUGUGGCGUUACCUUGGCAACGCCUACAGCCGGGAAGAGUUCACCAACACAUGUGCGGCGGACGCAGAGAUCGAGCUGGCCUAUAGGGACGUUGCUAAGAGGUUGGGGAAGUGA